UAAAAGCGUCAACGUCAUCCGCCAUUGCUAUUUUGUGGUGUCCGCCGAGGAGUGAGGAGUGCAGUUGUGCGCAACACUUUGUUCCUGUCCUCCGGCCGAAAACAGAGAAUUUCUGCAUUUUUGAAACUGCGUAGCAGUCACCUGGGGGGCCCAACUGUCCGAACCUGGUUGCCAGGAUUGUGCCCGUUUUUGGUUUGUAAUGUAUCACUAACUCUUUGUACAAAUUAACUUUAGGUUGAAUCAUAUACAGUUGAAUAUAUUUAUGUAAAGAAUUGAAGUUUUUUAAAUUGAAUUAAUAAAAAAAAGAAAAAGACAAUCAGUUUGUAGCAUUACUAUUCUGCUCCUGUUGUUCCUGUGUACUAAUUAUUUUGAAUUUACAUGUGAGAGGAGAAGGCCUGCUGGUUACGGUUAUCGACUCGAAAACGACCGGUAGUCCCCCAUAAUACGAACACCUUAAGCUGAGUUGAAUGCACGUUGCGCUAAAGACGGCUAGGGCGGCACCUGAGUGGUAAAACCCAUGAAGUAUCGUUCCUUGAAAUUUUCUACCCCUUGUGAUCCAUCACCACUCGUUAAUUUUUUGUGAACAUCAUUGAAUGGCGCUAGGAGAUGAAGUUCACAAAUUAUCUAACAGCGGUGCUCCAGUCUUAUGUGUGGAUGAAUGCUAGUGGAUGAAAUUUUCCUGUAGGUUGGCAGUGAAGCUUCUCCAGUUUCCCAAAGCUGCCAACGAUCUAGCUCGUAAUUGUCGAUAAUCACAAGAGGAAAUGGAUGCACACUUUCCGUUAUUUGCUCGAACUUUGGUGGACAUACUGCACUUGUACUCUUUGCGGAUGUUCGAGUAACGGUAAAGUACCAUUUGGUCCUAACUUGUAACCGCCACAUGAGUGGCUUGUUUGGAGUUGUUUUUCGUUAUUUUGUCAGGUCAAUGUGAUCAUAAGCAAGAUCCGAGAAGUAGCUGUUCCUGGUCAUAAGCGGCCAGCUGAGAGUUUUUUAUUUGAGGACUGCGGUAAAAGGAGUUAUUUGCAUGUUUUAAUCUUUCAUUUCAAGUUACGUAAAUACAAAUCUCUUAAAUCUUGCGGAAAAAGAUAGAAAUUGAAAUUAAUUAAUAAAAGGAGGAGAAAGCAACAGCUCACAGGAAUCAGGUAUUCGUACUCAAAUCCCACAUCACGUACGUUUUAGGACGGAUAAAGAAGGCAACAUUAAUUAUAAUUGUCACCUUUGAUAAACGUUUGAUUUUUUUAAAAAGUAACGGACAAACUAAAGGCUAAACUAAAAAUGCAAAUGUUCGUAACUUAAACAUUAGAGUAAUGAUUUUUUAUUAAAUGAAGAUAAAAUGCAAGAGGACAAGGAAACACCUAGAAAAUUUCAUCGUAAAAAUUUUGCCAUGUAAAUAUUUUUCAGGAUGAAAUCAAAAUUUUUCUCGCACGCACAGUAUCUAUCUUCACAGUUUAAUUUAUUCGCACUUCAAAGAGAAGACUCUUGAGGAGCGUCGACGUCUGAGGUAAUGGGUUAUUGUGCGAAUUGUUACGAAUAUUUGCAGAUAGCAUUCCGUAUACGAAGACAGUGCUUCCCUGGGCUUCGUAAUUUAGCUGGUACAACUAAACAUUUUCAUAAAUAUUCAUAAAAUCUUAAUACGAGGAGCAACAUUAGUAGUAUAUUGAAAUGCAAGCCACGGAGUUAGGCGUGAAAGUUGAGCAGUCAGUAGAAACAUUUCGCAUUUCGCUUUUUUAACGUUUUCCAAAAUGAUAACCACAUUCACAUUCGCCCCACAAUUCGAGAAGUAUUUCGUGGAGUAAGGUAGUUCGUCAAUUUGAGAACAAAGCCAAGAUAAUUCAAGACUUCCGGCCAAUUAUCAGGUACAUAAUUUAUGAAAAAAUUUUUACGUGGGAAUCACUCGUCAUCGAAAAUUUUUAAUCGCUGGAUCAUCGUGACGCACAGGUACAUUAUUAAUCGUACAUAGGCUUCCAAAUGUGACAAAAUGCCAGUUACGUAACAAGAUAAGUAAAUAAGUUCCUGUAGUAUUUGUGGUUCGUAAAAAAAAUUGAAACGGGAAAUUAAAGUUAAAAAACGGAACAGCUCACGAAGCAGCAAAUUUUCCCGAAUUUCUGUGUGCGAAAUUCUUUGAAUUUCUAGAUCUUCAGUCGUAUAUUCCAUCCUUUUUGCUGAAGAACAUUGAACCAAAAGGAAUUACUGCAUAUUAUUACCGUUAUUUUACAAUGUCUGUCAACAUCAAGAAACAACCAACCAGCUUUGUGGAUCCCUACUGAAAUUGCCAUUACUUAAACAAGCCAAGUAUCAUUUAGUUACGUUGCCGGUGUUAAAAUUAAGACCUUCUAGAAAUCUAUCAGUUAUUUCAAACAACUCCAAGGAUCAUUAGGAAUCCGGUACAAAACCUCAUCGAGGUCGCAAGUUUGGAAUUGGAGGAUCAGAGAUAGUUGCGCAAUUUAGGUUCUACAAAUAAAUACAGUUCAUCAAUCAAAGCAUCGAGGGUUAACGAAUAUUCAUCGUUUCACAACGUUAGGUAACAAAACGAAAAAGCUAAAAGUGGUUUGUAGAAAAAAGUUACGGAGAGUCAGAAUUAAGUAUUCCGCUUCGUUACUGAAGAACGUUUUCACACGCUGAUUGCCAAAAGUGUCGCAAUUCGUCAUAAUAUUUAAGGGCGCAAGUAUCGUAAAUAUCUUUUCGAAACAAUCAUUGUUGUUAGGAGCGUCUUCUCAUCACAAAAUUAAGGCUGAGAUUUUGAAGAACAUUAGGAAAGAAUCGUGUUAGAAUGCAAGAUCCGAAGAGACAAUUUCCGGUUCCCGUCUUCGUGUCAGUCGUUUCUUCGUCUGGAGUCUUAAAAUUACUAUAAUUCUUACAUAUUUGCGUGGUAUCAACAUUUGUGUUAAGGCGUUAAGUUACAUAAAUAUUUACAGUCAAACCAAAUUAAGUGACAAUUGUUCGGGAAAUUUGGACGAGUUUCUACGAAGAAAAGGUAGAAAAUAGAAAUUCCUUCACCACCUACAGAACCAUGAGAAUUCAGCCUUCUUCAGAGCAACAGGUUCCGGGUUUCAAAUUUAUAAUACUUGUCUUUUUGUGUUGUGCGCGAAAUCACAGACGGUAGUUGCAGAAAAUACAUCGGACGAGCUAAAUUUAAAGUCCACUUUUGGAGAAAUCGAGUGAUUCGUGUUCAGUUCAUCAAUCAAAUCAACGAGGGUUAAUGAAUAUUCACCGUUUCACAACGCUAGGUAACAAAAUGAAAAGCUAAAAUGGUUUGUAGAGAAAAGUUACGGAGAGUCAGAGAAAUAAGUAUUCCGCUUGGUUAGUGAAGAACGUUUUCAUACACUGAUUGCCAAAACUGUCGCAAUUCGUCAUAAUUUAAAGGGCGCAAGUAUCGUAAAUAACUAUUCGAAACUGUCGUUGUUAGGAGCGUCUUUUCAUCACAAAAAAUAUACAAAGAUUAGGAAGAACAUGAGGGAAGAAUCGUCUUAGAAUGUACGAUCCGAAGAGACAAUUUCCGGUUCCUGUGUUUGCCUGGAGUAUUAAAAUUACAUAUUUGCGUGGUAUCAACAUUUGUGUUAGGGCGUUAAGUUACAUAAAUAUUUACAGUCAAACCAAAUUAAGUGACAAUUGUUCGGGAAAUUUAGACAAGUUUCUACGAGGAAAAGAUUGAAAAUUCCUUCGACACCUAAAGAACUACAAGAGUUCAACAUGCCUCUAUAGAACUUACUGCAAGAGGUUCCGGGUUUCAAAUACAAUAUUUGCUUUUUUGUGGUGUGCGCGAAAUCACAGACAGUAGUUCCAGAAAAUACAUCGAACGACCAAUGUUUGAAACUCCACUUUGGGAAAAAAUCAGGUGAUGUGUGGAAAAGAAUUUCGUCGGUUCCAUUGCGUAAAAUACGAAACUACACCUUAACAAAAAUCUAAUUUAAUUUAACGGGUCAUUUGGAGAGGACACCGAAUAGUAUCGUCUGAUUUACAUAUUUUGCGAUAUCAAAUCCGUUGUUUACAGAUGGGAUAACACGAUAUAUGCAGUCCGGCACGGAACUUCCACUUCUUGCAGAAUAAUUAAAUCGUCGCAAGUAUUCGUGAAUUAUUUGGAUUUUUACAACUGUUCUAGAACAUCAAAAUAAUUAAUUUCGUUUCGGAACAUCCCUCGUAUUCACAUGAAGAUGACUACGUCGUGUUAACUUCCUAAUUUAAGAUUUAAAACGACUUUAAACGGAAAACCGCAGUUAAUAUUAUCGAAAUCGUCAGUGUUCAGUUCGAGGCAUAAUUUUUCAUCAACACAAACACCGGAGUAUCAUUUUAUUUCGUUAAUUGUUGAGUCGAAAUCGAAGUUGUAGAUUGUUAAGAUUAGGUUGUGAGAACCAAAGAAACUGGCAUCACCCAACUGCAGAGAAAAUGAAAAGCAAUGUCAUCAGUUCCGUGUCUUCAAAUAAGCGUGUUACGUCACAAUUUUUCACCGUUUCAUCUCUAAAGGUUGCGACCAACUUACCCAGCUUAGUCCAGGUACUUAAUAGUUACAGAAAAAGUAAAUUUCGCCCGUGAUUUAUUACAUAAGGAAUCGAAUCAUCUAAUUUUCAUCAUACUGAGUAUCAGUCUAUAAAUUUUGCUUUGUUGUGAACGUUGAUAUUUUAUAGAAGUGAUUAGUUUGCGGAUAUUAGGCGUUUAUAACUCCCAUAGAAGAAUCCAGCCAAUCUAUCUGCUCAAGCUCAACAAUGAAAACUCGGAUUAUAUUUCGGAUUUUUCGUCUCAACACUCACUGACCAUUCUUGAAAGGAAUCUUACUACGCUCGUUUUUGAAUUUAUCUACAAAAGGAUUAUUAGGUAGCUUAUGAAAUACCGAAAAUUGCCGGACUUGUUUUUAGAAUACAGAACACCCUUCGUUUUACUUGACUGCAUGAAGAAUUCUUUAAAUGAACGAAAACGAUGAAUUCUCGCCGUAUUAAAAAUAGGAUAAACAAUUCUAGAACAUUUUAUUUCAAAAAGUUAAUUUUGGGUUACCACUAGCCGAGUGCCGCCAAAUAAAUAUUUUACUAGCGCAGGUUAGUGCAUAUCUAGCGUGAAAAGUAAAACCAGUUGCAGACCAAAACACCGUCUGUUCUUCAUUUUUGAAAACUAGCAAGCCUGCAGUCUGCUAUCCACCACAUAAUUUUUCAUUGCGCCCCCCUUUUCCCCAAACACACUUCAACAUUUUUUUUACAACAAAGAGGAAUAAAAGGAGGAACAUACCUUGGGAUAAAAGUGAUCAAAAGGAAACUAGCCGGAGAACAGGAUUCAUGCAUAAUAUAUAACCAAUUCGUACACUCGGCUUCUACAGCACCAUGUUGUCCAACAGUAGUUUUUUUGGUAUAAUGGACGUCGCAUUUUUUUUAAAUAUGAUUGUCAAAUUUGUGAGCUUGCAUCUUCACAAGGUAAGACUGAGUAAAUCAGUAUCUAGUAAUCAGUAAACAGUGGUUCGAAUGCGGAUUGUGGACUUGAGAAUAUAAAAAUUAAUGGAUAUUGACUAGACGAUACUGGAUUUAAAAACUUUUGAAGAUGUGGUUCACAGAAGAAAGAAAAGGCCAAAGAACGAAGAAAGACGGGCUACUUCCCAAUAAAGGAUGAAGGAGAGAACCACUUGCCAUCGACGGUUGAAAAGAAGAAGAGAACUACUUGCACCAAUGGAGGAACAAAGAAGAGGUCCACUCACCGCCGAGGGAUGAAGAAAGAAGACGACCACUUGCCGCCGAGAAACGAAGAAAAAAGAGGACCACUCGCUGCUGAGGGAUGCAGAAAGAAGAGGACCACUCGCUGCCGAGGAAUGAAAAAAGAAGAGGACCACUCGCUGCCUAAGGAUGAAGAAAGAAGAGGACCACGCGUCGCCGAGGGAUGAAGAAAGAAAAGGACCACUCGCCGCCGAGGGAUCAUAAAAAUAAGAGGGCCAUUCGCCGAAGCUUGAAGGAGUAGAAAAUGAACACCGAAGUACAGGCAGCAAAUAAAGGCCAUUCCCAGAUGAGAAACGAUGCAAAAGCGAAGAAUGUAGAGCUGUUGUCUCCUUGUUUAUCUGAAUAGAGUUGAAACAUUUUUAACGUGUAUAAAUGAUGUCCAUUUUAGAUUAAGGGAAUAUCAUUUUUCAACAAAAAUCAACAUGUUGAUAUGUAGGAUAGAUCGACCAUUUAUAUUUAACACAAACAAAGAAAAUAUCAUCUAUUGCAAUGCCAUUAUUGUUAUGAACUAAGAACGAUUGAUUAGAAGAAAAUUUGUCGUGAAAGAAGGAUGAAGAAAAGUUUGACAACGCCAACGGUGGGAAAAAGUUUAGGAUUUGUCUCCAUAGAUGGAAAAGAAACAAUUUGUUUGUCCACAGAGCGAAUAGAAAAAGAAGUCUCGUUAUUGAGAAUGGGGAGACUCGUUGCGGCGGAUAACGAAAAUGGAGAGAACCACUCGUUAACGCCGGAUGAAAGAAGUCAAGGGAAUGAAUCACUCGUCAUUGAAGAAAGAAGAGGCCUACAUAUCGCUAAAAUAUCGCCGUCAUGUUUUAACAGAAAUCAACAUAUUUCCAGGAUAAGGAUGGGAUUACCUAUUUGUAUUUUACACAAACACAAUGUCUUCUGUUGCAGUGCUAUUUAAAUAAUAAUUUGUCAAAGGUGAAGAAAGUAGCUUUACAGUUACCAGAAAAAAACAAGAAUAGACUUCGUCGCAGGGAAAAGUGAGGAAAUUAGGUGUCAUGGGUAGAAGAAAUAAGAGAAAAACCACUCGCUGCUUAGGGUUUAGGACCACUCUUCGAGGGAUAAAGAAAGAAGAGGAUCACUCGCUGUCUAUGGAUGAAGAAAGAAGAGGACCACUCUUCGAGGGAUAAAGAAAGAAGAGGAUCACUCGCUGUCUAUGGAUGAAGAAAGAAGAGGACCACUCGCCACCGAGGGAUGAAGAAAGAAGGGGACCACUUGCCACCGAGGGAAGAAGAAAGAAGAGGAGGACCACUCGCCGCUGGUGGACGAAGAAAGAAGGGGGUCUACUUACCGCCAAAAUGUGUAUAAAAGAUUUCUAUUUUAGAAAAAGAGGACGUCGUUUGUUUCGAGGGAUGAAGAAAGGAAGAGGACCACUCACCGCCGAGGGAUGAAGAAAGAAGAGGACCACUCGCCACCGAGGGAUGAAGAAAGAAGGGGACCACUUGCCACCGAGGGAAGAAGAAAGAAGAGGAGGACCACUCGCCGCUGGUGGACGAAGAAAGAAGGGGGUCUACUUACCGCCAAAAUGUGUAUAAAAGAUUUCUAUUUUAGAAAAAGAGGACGUCGUUUGUUUCGAGGGAUGAAGAAAGAGGAUCAUUCGACGACGUUGGACGAAGAAAGAGGAUCAUUCGACGACGUUGGACGAAGAAAGAAGAGGACCACUCGCCGACGUUGGAUGAAGAAAGAAGAGGACCACUCGCCGCCGAUGGACGAAGAAAGAAGAGGACACUCGCCGCCGAUGGACGAAGAAAGAAGAGGACACUCGCCGCCGAUGGACGAAGAAAGAAGGGGUCUACUUACCGCCAAAAUGUGUAUAAAAGAUUUCUAUUUAGAAAAAAAGGCCGUCGUUUGUUUCGAGGGUUGAAGAAAGGAAGAGGACCACUCACCGCCGAGGGAUGAAGAAUGAAGAGGACCACUUGCCGCCGAGGGAUGAAGAAAGAAGAGGAUCACUUGCCGCCGAUGGACGAAGAAAGAAGGGGUCUACUUACCGCCAAAAUGUGUAUAAAAGAUUUCUAUUUUAGAAAAAGAGGACGACGUUUGUUUCGAGGGAUGAAGAAAGGAAGAGGACCAUUCACCACCGAGGGAUGAAGAAUGAAGAGGAUCACUCGCCGCCGAGGGAUGAAGAAAGAAGAGGACCACUCGCCGCCGAUGGAUGAAGAAAGAAAAGGACCACUCGCCGCCGAUGGACGAAGAAAGAAGAGGACCACUCGCCGCCGAUGGACGAAGAAAGAAGGGGUCUACUUACCGCCAAAAUGUGUAUAAAAGAUUUCUAUUUUAGAAAAAGAGGACGACGUUUGUUUUGAGGGAUGAAGAAAGGAAGAGGACCAUUCACCACCGAGGGAUGAAGAAUGAAGAGGAUCACUCGCCGCCGAGGGAUGAAGAAAGAAGAGGACCAUUCGCCGCCGAGGGAAGAAAAAAGAAGAGGACCACUCGCCGCCGAUGGACGAAGAAAGAAGAGGACCACUCGCCGCCGAUGGAUGAAGAAAGAAGAGGACCACUCGCCGCCGAUGGAUAAAGAAAGAAGAGGACCACUCGCCGCCGAUGGAUGAAGAAAGAAGAGGACCACUCGCCGCCGAUGGAUAAAGAAAGAAGAGGACCACUUGCCGCCGAUGGAUGAAGAAAGAAGAGGACCACUUGCCGCCGAUGGAUGAAGAAAGAAGAGGACCACUUGCCGCCGAUGGACGAAGAAAGAAGAGGACCACUCGCCGCCGAUGGACGAAGAAAGAAGAGGACCACUCGCCGCCGAUGGACGAAGAAAGAAGGGGUCUACUUACCGCCAAAAUGUGUAUAAAAGAUUUCUAUUUCAGAAAAAGAGGACGUCGUUUGUUUCGAGGGAUGAAGAAAGAAGAGGACCACACGUCGCCGAGGGAUGAAGAAAGAAGAGGAUCACUCGCCGCGAAUGGAUGAAGAAGCGGCCACUCGUCACUGAGUGUUGAAUAAAGAAGGGGAAUAAUACUUUUCUCAAAUGUAUAUAAAUAAUUUCUAUUCUAGAAAAAUUUGAAAAAGAGAUGCGUUUGAUUUAACAUAUGUCAACACAUUUGCAGAAUGGAUCAACUUUUUAUAUUUAAUGCAAACAAUAUCUUCUGUUGCAGUGCUGUUAUAAAGAAUACUUUGAAGACGAAAGAAGUAACUGCACCGAUAUAGGUAAAAAUGAAUGGAUUUAAACGUUGACGAAGUAAGAUCUACGAAGAAGAAAGAGAAGAGAAGAGGAAGCCACUCACCGCAGAGAUAUGAAGGAAGAAGGAAAACAACCUAAGUCGCCGAGAAUUAAGAAAAAGAAAAAAGUCAAGAGGACCACUCGCCCCCAACAGAUGAAGGAAGAAAAGGAUCACUUGUAGCCAAAAAAAAUUAGACCACUUGCUUUCGAAAGAUUUAGAAAGGGGCUUCGCUACUACUAAAUACUUCAAUUCACUGCCGUGAAUAUGUGAAGAAAGAACGUGAAAGAGGGACUACUUUCCAUCGAAGAAUGAAGAAAGAAGAGGACAAGAAAAUUAAAAUUAAGAGUAUUUUAGAAACGGAGGUUUUUCUUUAAUCUCUUAAUUUCUUUCAAGAAAUGGAAAAUUCAGUAUUUUACAGCUAUAACAAAAAUAAAGAAACUUCAACCGUUCGCAGAGGCAAAGGGAUGCUGGAUAUGUCGCCGAUUUUUAUUCAUUGGGGAACAAGGAAAAUUUUGUUGUACUACAACAAACGAGUUUAUCUUCUGCUUAAGGGGGAAAAAAGGAAUGGAUUUGCAUCACAAAAGGGAACAGAUUCCGUCAUAAUGGUCACGAAUGAGGAAGAGCAUGCACUGUUUACGACGCGAAGAAAGAAGAUUCGUCGUUUUGGGAAAAAUGAGAAAAGGUCAUUUGGAAUUUGUUCGUUUUUCAUUUCGAAAUUCGUUGUCAUUGAGAGAGAAGAACGAAGUAAGGAAGAAAACAUUUAAUGUCCUCAAGAUAAAAAGUCUAUGAUUUGUUUUUACUUGGAGGGAAGACAAGAAUUUUUAAAACGAGAAGUGAAUUUAUUAUGGACGCUAUCGCUGUGCCUAACAAAAAGGAAGGUUAAUUUCGUUGUCAGUUACCAGUUUGCAUUUUAUCGAAAUGGGAAACCAAAUACGAAUUAAGAAAAGGGAUGAUUUCACGCUAAAGAAAGUAAAAUUAUUUCUCAUUGGGGACGAUGAAAGAAAAGUAAUUGGCAAGAACUGAAUUUUAACGAAAGGAGAGACGGAUUUUUGGUCUUAAGAGGGCAAGAAAAAAAAAUCAACUUAUAUCAUCAGUGAUAAAUCAAGAUUACGUAGAUGAUUAUUUGUUAGUGGUUACAAGGCUUUAAAUCAAUUGUGAUACAAUAAUUGUUACUAUUUAAUGUUUUGCACGUGUAUAUUUGAUUUUUUGUUGUAAUUGUGUUUACAGUGAUAAUAUUAAGUUUAUAAUAAACGCUUUAAUUUUUUUUAUGAUUUAAUUUGUUUCUUUACCUGAAUAUGUAUAGCUGUGGGUUAGUUCACGAUGGUUUGUGUGUGGGAAUAAGCUUCCUUUUGUUAUGUAAGCUAUGAGUAAAAAUUCACUCAGUCAGAUGUGGUGCUAGGGUUUGUAAAAAGAUUAUGUGCCGAAAAACUUAUUACAUUCCCCAUUGUACAUGAAUGUGUAUAGUCUUUACACACCCAUAAAAUUCUAAAACGAAAAAUUUGGAUGAAAUGAAUGAAUGCUGCAGGCAUGUCUGAAAAAUUAACAAUGUAACAUCCGCACGUUGCACUAAACGUCCAGCCAAAAAAUAUGAAUGAUUUUUUAUUGCAAAUCCCACUUAGUUCCAUCAAGCGAUUUUCUGCUCCAAGAUUUUGCAUAAAAAUUCUAACAGAAUCUUAACUGCACUAACUUCUAAACUCUGUCACACUUAACAGUUUUAUGAUCUCAGUGCGACUGUUAACACCAUCCAGAAAUGUGGCACCUACUAGUGAUAAAUUUAAUUUUUGAAUUUAUUUACCCAAAUUCGGUAAAAAGUGCGUGGGUGGAAAUCCCUCAAGUGCCCAACAAGAAGCCACCACAAUUCAUUUUUGGUAACACCAAAAAAACAAAUAUUCAAAAUUCACAGUUGUUUGCAGGUUCCCCUAAAGUCAGUUUUCACGAUAAAAAAUUUUCAACAACCACCACACCCGCCAAUUACAAAAUGUUAAAAGCAACACCAAAAAUGCACAGCACUACUACCCCAAACUACAAAGAUUUAAUGACAACUAUUCAACCCUUAACAACUACGCCCCAAAUAAACAAAAGAAUGGACCUCAAAACUGAAAACACGUUGAAAGCACCCGAAGAAUUCACAGAGGCACCAAAGCAAAUCAACAAAACAAAAAGCAAAACUGAAGAGACUAAUUCCGGAUUUAUGCCUCUCUUGAACACCAUCCAACAAACUUUAACUCACAACGCUAAAAAGUCCCUCAAGAGCAAAAUUUCACUACUCACAAACCUGAGAGACAAUCUGCUAGCAAAUAUCGACGAACGCAUGGGAAGUCUCUGGAGAUCAUCGGACGAUGAUUUGGUGGAAGCUCGGGGACAUGACCACGAAAUGGAUUUUCCCUCAAACGAAGGGGCUUUAAUGACGAUCGGUUUUCUGACUUUUGCUGUCUUUCUCAUCAAAUUAGUUUUGAAACUCAUACAAGCGCUCAAAAACAAGACUAAUAAUGGAACAAUGAUGAAUGGGGGAACGACUGCCACUGCGUUUAUUGGCAGGAAGAGAAGACAACUGGAGGAUGAAUAUGACAAUUUGAAAAUACUGCAGUUUAUUGAAGACUAUAAGUUCGGCUAAUUUAUUAGAUUAAUUAAUUAACUAAUAGUAUUUGUAAACAAAUUAUAAUAACACUAAAAUUUUUCCCCAAUACUA